UUGAUAUUGCGGGUCAUGUGACACAGUAAACGGUAAAUUGUGAUCAGCUUAAGACUUUUAGGUAAAUUAGGCUACUUAAAUCGGGUUAGUGUCAAGCAUGACGAGUAAACGUGUCUGCUAGUUAUAGUGUUUGACGCGCAUAUUACUUGGGCUGUGUCUCAAAACCUCGUGACCUGCCUACUUAGACAGCAUUUUGGGCAUACAGGCGCGUUGCUCAAAUGUACUGCCGUGUCCUGACUUGAAACCCGCCAAUGAUGUCCAAAAUGUUGUUUAGUAAGUAGGCAGCUCAAUAGGUUUUUGAAACACAGCCAUUAUCUGUAGCUCGUUUAUCUACUGUAUAACUAGGCUACUGUAUACAAACAUACGCUGCCGCUGUCAGGAGGAGGGACGAUUAUGCUUGUAGUCAUAGUGUAAAUCGCUAAAUAAGCAGAUGUGGAUGUGUAGUCUUCGACUGUCGUCAGUAUCAUUUGAUGGGACUGAAGGAUGGCAGCAAAGGAGGAUCUUUACUCAAAGAUUAUUCCGUGCCGACUGAGACAGAACAGUUGCGUCUCUGUCAAACAUGGAUCCAAUCUGGACGUGCUGCUUUCGAUGGGAUUUCCUCAGCAGAGAGCAUUGAAAGCUCUGGCAUCAACUGGAGGCAGAAGUGUUCAGCUGGCAUGUGACUGGCUUUUCUCUCAUUUGGAUGACCCUUUCCUGGAUGACCCUUUACCCAGAGAGUAUGUGCUGUAUCUGCGCCCUAGUGGGCCUUUACAAAACCAGCUUUCUCAUUUCUGGCAGCAGUCUCGCUUAACUUGUGGAAAAAACAAAGCUCACAACAUAUUCCCACACAUCACACUCUGCCAGUUCUUUAUGUGUCCAGACAAUAAACUAGUGGCUCUGUGUGAAGCUCUGCAGUCUGCAGUGAAUCAAUGGAGAGGACGCUUCCCCAGCCCCCUGCCCCUGGAGCUCUACACCUCCACCAACUUCAUAGGCCUAUUUGUGGAGGAGCAGGUGGCUGAGGCGCUGAAGAAGUUUGCGGCUGACUUUGCGGUGGAGGCUGCUGCUAAAGCUGAUGUUCAUGUGGAACCCCAUAAAAAGCAGCUUCAUUUGACUCUAGCCUAUCACUUCCCAACCAAUCAUUAUUCUAUCUUGGAAAAGUUGGCAAGAGGGAUUGAAGUCAAGCUGGGAUGUGAUUGGCUCGCUGCCCUCUUCUCACGAGACAUACGAUUUGCAAGUCACGAGACUUUGCGAGUGAUGUACCCCUACACUCCUCAGAACGACGAUGAGCUGGAACUGGUGCCUGGAGACUUUAUCUUCACGUCUACAGUGGAGCAAAUGAGCACUAGUGAGGGCUGGGUGUACGGCACAUCUCUGAGUACAGGCAUCUCUGGCCUGCUGCCUGAGAACUAUGUGAGCCCGGCUGAUGAGUCUGACACGUGGGUCUUUCAUGGGUCACACUCCUUCUUUUGUACUUCCCCUUCGGAGAAGGGUUGCAAGGAGAGCAAAUCAUUGGAUGGGCUGCUCAACAUUCGAUGCUUUGAAAACUCAAAGUUGGGAGAGUCUGCCAUCUUGAGUGUUAUUUGCCAACCUAUGCAGGUGCUUCGCUCAAACAUCCAGUCUCGGACCCCUAAAAGGACCUUGUUUGUAUGUCGGCAUGGAGAAAGAAUGGAUGUUGUGUUUGGGAAACACUGGCUCUCACAGUGUUCCGAAUCUAAAGGCAGGUACGUGAGAAGUAACCUGAAUAUGCCCGCUGCACUACCUGCCUGGGGUGGAGCACACAGGGACUAUGAAAUGGAUGCUCCUAUCACAGUGGUUGGAGCUACACAGGCUAAGAUAGUGGGUGAGGCUAUGCUGGAAAGUAAUACCACUAUUGAUUUUGUGUACUGCUCACCCAGCCUCCGAUGUGUCCAGACAGCUCAUGAAAUCCUCAGAGGAAUGCAGCAAGAUGGCAGAAUAAGCAUUCGAGUAGAGCCUGGGCUUUUUGAGUGGACUAAAUGGGUGUCAGGAACAUCUUUGCCUGCUUGGAUACCCCCCACAGAUCUUGCUGCGGCCAACCUUAAUGUAGACACAACAUACAGACCUCACAUCCCCAUUAGCAAACUAACCGGCUCGGAGGCAUAUGAUACGUACAUUAAUCGCAGCCACCAGGUGACCAAAGACAUUUUGGCAUACUGCAAAAAUAAGGGAAAAAAUAUUCUGUUUGUGGGACAUGCUUCUUCUUUGGAGGCCUGCACUCGCCAGAUCCAGGGCCUCUCUCCUCAGAAUCCUAAGGAUUUUGUGCAAGUAGUCCGAAAGAUUCCAUACCUGGGUCUGUGUGCCUGUGAGGAGCAGGGGGACUCAGGAGUCUGGCAGCUAGUGGACCCACCAAUUCUUCCUUUAACUCAUGGGCCCAACCACAGCUUCAGCUGGAGAGAGACCUUACAGCAAGAAUGAGCUUAUCUGCAGGGUCUGUCCACAAGAGACUGAAAUGUUACCUGCACUGGAAGCACAAAACUGAGAAUAUUUUUUAAACAGAUCUAAUCUGUCACAUCCAGUUUAAAUUAUGCAAAUAAGAUAUGGGAUGUGUUUUUAUUUGCAGGUGGAAUAAUUAACAUUUGUGAUCAUGUUUACUGAGCCUUUAAAAGGCUUUCUCAGGGCAUUGGCUAUCACUUUUAAAAAGUCGAAAUGCACCAUGGCAUAAUGCAGCACUUAUUGUAAAGAUUAAAGAUCACUUCCUGCCAUGCAAACAUGUACAAUUUUGCAAUGAGAUGUUAAAGA